CUCAAUGCCAAACGGGCUGCAGUGCGCACUGGCAAAUGUUGCGCGCUUUGCUUCUGAGCGUACGUUGUUCCUCUUGAAGAAGAUUCAUCAGUGGGCGUUUGAGUGGUUAAUAUUGCUGUUGUCUUUUGAAUAGCACAGGAAAGAGAAGAAGCAUUACAAAAGUUUGCGAAACUUUACUGGAGGCAGAAACAAUGAGAGGAGUCUGAAAACAUCUGCAGAUGGAGAGUGACUUAUGGAGACUGUCCGCCAUGGAUUCAGCAGAUCAACUCAACAUGACUCAAGCAAAAGAAUUCCCACUUGAACCUAAAUCUUCCAACUGCUGCUCAACUACUGGCACAGUAAAUGAUGAGCCCUUGUUGAAGCUGGAUGACAGCACAAAGCUGGUGGGAGUUCGAGUUAUUCUCAUUCUUGCUUACAGCACAAUCAUAUUGUUUGGAGUCAUCGGAAACUCCUUAGUGAUAUACGUCGUCUGCAAGUUUAAACAUCUACGGACUGUCAACAAUUUCUUCAUUGUAAACUUAGCUGUUGCAGACUUGCUGGUGAAUGCGCUGUGUUUGCCUUUCACCCUUGUCAACACUCUGUAUGGCGAGUGGAAGUUUGGUCAGGUGUUGUGCUUCAUGCUGCCCUACUCUCAAGGCCUGGCCGUGCACGUGUCCACCAUCACCAUGAACGUCAUCGCCGUGGACCGCCACAGGAGCAUUGUCUACCACAUGGAGACCAAGAUGUCCAAAGACAUGUGCGCUGUGGUCAUUGUCAUCACAUGGGCUGUCAGCGCCCUGUUGGCCAGCCCGCUUGCCAUCUUCAGGGAGUACGGGACGUUCGUCAUACUACCACACCUGUCUAUUCAGGUGUGUACGGAGCAUUGGCCGGGAAGCAGCGCAAACGGAAGCAUCUACAGUAUAUCAGUGCUUCUGGUUCAGUACGGUUUACCUCUGGCUAUCAACUGCGUUGCAUACAUCAGCAUCUGGAAUAAGCUGAAUAAUCAUGUGGUUUACAUAGGUCGAAAUGACCGCCGUCAGCACAGGAAGAAGACCACUAAGAUGCUGGUGACCAUGGUUGUGGUUUUCGCUGUCAGCUGGUUGCCUUUACAUGCAUUCCAGUUGGCUGUUGACAUUGACAGCACGUUGCUGUUUAUGAAGGAUUUCAAGCUGCUUUUCACGGUGUUCCACAUUGUGGCAAUGUGCUCGACGUUUGUCAAUCCCAUACUGUACGGGUGGAUGAACAACAACUACAGGAUGGCCUUUUUGUCUGUGUGUAAGUGUUACCAGCCCUUCAGUUCACAGUCAGGACACUCCAAAAGCAGAGAGACACAAAAAAAUGAAGACAGAGUUUGUACAGAUUGCAAAUCAACAAAUGUCUAAGUUGCACAUACAAAGAAGGUUCAAUGGUAAUCAUUUGCAGAAAUGCACGAUUUGUAUUUCGGUUUGUGUGGAUAUUUUCAGGGAUGAUGAAAACUACAUAUGGGUUGGA